AUGUCCUCGACACUCUCCGUCCCGGACCAGAUCCGCCAGCUCAAUGACGCCCGCAAGCUCGUCCUCGGCGAUGUCAAGUACUAUCCGAGCGUAGUGAGGGGGAUUUUGCCCAUCAUCGGCCCUACGGCCCCCGUCGAGCUGCGACAAUGGGGUGCCGAGUUCCUGGCCGAGGCCUUCUCGACGCCCGCUUUGCCCAACGGGGAGAAGGAGACGAUGCAGCCCUACGUGCUCGCCACGCUCGAGUCGCUGGCCGAGAACGAGAGAGAGGACGCAAGGGUCCUGCGUAGCGUCAUACAAACAGCGGCGAGCAUAUAUCCGCUCGCUCUGCGAUGGAUCAUCAACAACGGAUAUGAUACCGUCACCUGGGAGAGAAUGGUGAGCAUCAAGCAAAAGAUAUUGCGGAUAUGGGACAACGCACCGCCUUCGGUGAGGAUCUGCUGCGUCAAGUUUGCCCAGCGCGUUGUGCUUGCACAGAGCGUGGCCUCGGGCUCUGAAUUCAGGCACGGUGGCGCUCUCGAUGUGUCUCUGGACAAGGUCCCGCCUAAUCAUCAGUCUCUCGAUGCGCGUACCCUUGAGGCAGAAGCUACGGGCCUGCUGGAUCGCAUGUUGGGAGUUUUGGAGGGCAGCAGCGAUGCCCUCGUUGUCGACGCUACGAUAAACUGCCUAUCCAUCUUGGUGCGGACGCGGCCCGCAACAUCGGGUCGGAUCCUCAACGCGCUGCUCAACUUCAACCCCUUACAGGCGGCCAACUCGCCCAUGACACCCAAGCUGCGUGUCAUGAUCAAGUCGAUGGAGAAGACGGCACGGCUGUUGCUCAUCCACCUCAGCAAGAGAGACCCCCACAACCCCAUUGUCCCGCGGAUACAGCAACACGUUGAGCGGACGAUGCGGGCGGUGGCAGAGGUGAUUGACGACUCGGCCAAGAAAAGGCCCUUGGAGCCUCAGCAGCAGGACGGCGUCGAUGCCAAGCGCCAGCGUACUGCGGGAUCCCAUGUUCCCAUCCGGCCGCUUGGACCCGGACCGCACUCGCUGGCUGACGUCUUCACCCUGUUGAGUAAUGAUGAGCUCAAGAACUUUGACAUUUCACAGUUGCCGCUGGGGUUGGUGGCCAAAGUGUCGGUGACUGCCCUCGCGGGACUCGACCUCGAACUGCUGACCAAGGCCGUCGAUGGCGUCCGGGGCCGCCUCAUCGAGCUGGCGAAUGCGCCAGCGCCGGAGUUGAACCCCAACACUGCGCCGCUGGGCGUGGAUGACGACGACGACGACUACGAGCCGGACUUUUACCAGGCCGAGGACACGGAGCAGAUACUCAACAAGCUGGACGGCACGUCGGCGGCGCCGGAGCUGCCUGGGCUAGACGGGAGCCUGGCCUUGGCAUCCUUCAGCCUCCCUCAGCCGGCGGAGCUAACGCAAGAGGUGGCGCUCAGGGCGGGCAGCGAGACGGUGACAAGAGUAGUAGAGAUGAUGAAAUCGCUGGAAGAACCGGCGAUAAAGAGGACCAAGGCCGGCUUCAGCCGUCUGGCGGCCAGCUCCGGAAGCCGGGACGCGUGGAUGUCGAUUCUCACGCGGCUGGCGACUCGAUCGUCGGCAGGCCUCGAGGAGAAGUCGGUCAAGAGCGAGGACGGCGAGAAGGCCGAGGAAGCAUCCGCCGCCGAGCGCCUCAAUGCCAGCAUCCGAGAAGUGUUGUACAACUACGUGAUGGAGGAUUUCCGCAGACACAUCGACGUGGCCGUGUCCUGGCUCUGCGAGGAGUGGUACAACGACAAGAUCCAAGGACGGAGCGAGGGCGACCACCCUGAGUACUACGAAAAGUGUACCUUGCGGCUGCUGGGCGGCUUCCUGCCAUACCUGCACCCGCAGGACAAGAUUCUAACGCGAUUCUUGAGCGAGAUUCCAGAGCUCAACCGGACGAUCCUGUCGCAGGUCAAGCACAUGUGCCGCGACCCCAGCGUGACGCAACUGGCGCUGACGAGCCUGCUAUACCUGGUGAUGAUGCGGCCGCCGAUCAAGGAGGUUGCGCUGGACACGGUGCAGGACAUUUGGACAGAGUUCGAGGACGCGCGGCCGAUGGCUGGCAAAUAUCUGGCCAAGUAUCGUCCUGCAUUUUUGGAGGCGGCGAACAAGAGCAAGGUCGAGGGUGAGGGGGAUGGACCGACGGCGGUGGCAAUUGCGACAUGA